UUCUGCACAUUUAAUUAAAUAUGGCUGUAUAUCACAGGCACACAACAUUCUAUAAUGUUUUCUUGCUGCGAUUGUGAACCAACUGCUCUUACCAUGGUUAGAGCUCGACUCUGGCCGGCUAGUCCUCGUCUCCCAAAAUUAGCCUUCACAUUCGAGUUGUUAGAAUGGGCAGAAGCUCUUCUGUUGGAAUGCCAAGUGGCUCUUGGGGAUUUCUGCAAAGCCCUCCACUUUAAGUCCCCUCAUUUAACCAAUAAGGAGAGAGGAAGCGUCAUGAUUUCUAUGGAUGCUCUAUUUGGACUUCCACGGAAAAAGUCUGCCGGACAGAGUCAUAGAGAUCCACUUCAUGGCCACAUAUUCUUCAAAGAUCAACCUUCAGUUGAUGAGAAUGUUGCUAGUUCUUCUCGAAGAAAUGCUUAUGAUAAGGUGUGCAGUGACUUCUUAGCUGGUGAUGUGCUACGAUCAUCAAAUCGUUACAAAGCCCUUGAUGAGACAGCUUUGUUUGGUUGUGCUUGUAGGCAUGAAUUUCCACUUAUGUUCAUCAAUUUGAAACAUGGAGAGAAAGGUAACUAAAUGAGACUGCUUAUUACCACUAUGUGCUUGUUUGUUGACAGGAUAAGCUAUGCUGAAUGGCUUUGCAAGAAAUGGUUCAAUCAUAUCCAGCUGAAAUAAAGCUACAUGUGAUGUAUGAUAAUUAUAGCUUGCACUCUAAACAAGUAUAAUUAUGCAGGUAUGAUGCAAGCGUGAAACAUGCAGCUUUUAUGUAAUUGUCAAUUGCAUUGUACAGAAAGAUGAAGGAAGUAAUGUUUUAUUGAAGAAAGUGCAGCUUUGCUUACCAAGUUUCCAUGCUUAUGGUCACAAACCACAGUGUCAGAUAAUCUUCAGUCCAUUGCGCUGUGAUGGUUUAGGGCUCUCAGAUGGUGAAGUAAUGGAACGUCUUUGGUCCUUUUUACGCCGUUUCUCUCGCAUGACAAAGGAAAUGCGGCCAGCCCACAGAACGGAUGUUCUUUGUCAUGCUUUGAUUUACUAUGGAUACAAGACAAAGAGAAAGCUAGGCAGGACCAUCACCUAACCUAUUACAACUAUUAAGCUCUGCACCUGAUAGGAUCACUGUUACUA